ACUCCCCCACUUCUCCAAGCUAUUCUCCAACAAGUCCUUCAUACAGUCCUUCUAGUCCAUCAUACAGCCCGAGCUCUCCAAGCUACUCUCCAACUAGCCCCAGUUACAGCCCAACAAGUCCAAGUUAUUCUCCGAGCAGUCCAAAGUACAGCCCCACAAGUCCUUCCUACUCCCCAACUAGCCCCUCUUAUUCCCCCAGCUCACCACAGUACUCCCCAUCAUCUCCCAAAUAUUCCCCCUCAAGUCCUUCUUACUCCCCAAGCAGUCCAAAAUACACCCCCAACUCUCCCUCUUAUUCUCCCUCUUCUCCUAACUACAGCCCUACUUCACCUGAGUACAGUCCAAGUUCUCCAAGGUACAGCCCCAGUCCAAAGUAUUCCCCCACAUCUCCAACCUAUUCCCCCACUAGCCCCAGACACUCUCCAGCUAGCCCUUCAUAUUCCCCUUCGAGUCCACAGUACACCCCCACUAGCCCCACGUACACCCCAACUUCUCCCCAGUAUACCCCAACCAGCUCACGCUAUUCUCCUGACACACCAGGGUCACAGUAAAUUCAGACAGGGAAAAAGAUAUGCUGCAAAGACAUUCUAUAUAUGUGAAUACCGUACUUUGGAAGCAGGAAGUUUGUGUAAUGCUGGAACAAUUUUUCACAUUCAAAUGCUUACGAUGCCUCGCUACGACAGUGAUGAGGAAAAACAGAAACGAAAGAAGAAGAAAAAGAAGCGUUCCAGGUCGAGGUCUGUAAGUAGUGGAGACAGCAGAUUGUCAUCAAAGCAUAAAAAAUCAAAGAAGUCAAAGCAUCAUCGACGUUCACCAUCAUCCUCACCAGAGAGGUCAAGACGAAGAUCAAGGUCAAGGAGCAGGAGAAGGUCGCCUAGCUUAGAGAGAGUGAGAUAUAGGUCAAGGUCAAGAUCUCGCAGCAGAGAUCGUUAUUCAAGACGGAGAUCUAGAAGUCGUGACCGAAGAUCCAGAAGUUACGACAGAAGAUCACGAUCAUCCAGUCGCAGCAGGCGAAGAUCUCGUUAUUCAAGGUCAUUAAGCAGAGACAGGCAAAGGUCAAAAAGAUCCCGUUCAAAAGAGAGACGUAGGGAUAAAAGUCCCAAAAAUAAGGCAACAGAGGAUAUUCCUGGCUUUGCCGACAUGACACCAGCAGAGCAGGCCCAGGCCAGAAUGCAUAUGGCCCUCAAAGCUGCAGCUGCGGCAGAUGAAAAGAUCAAGGAGCAGCUGACGGGUUCAGCGGCGGGGACAGGAAGUAAAACCCAUCAGGAACAGCUGCAGUUCUCCAACGCCAUCAAGGACAUUGAGAGCUCCUCCUUCAUCCAAUCUUCAUUUGUCUCCAACAGAUUUGAUAAAGAAAAGACAGGUUCAAAAAAGGAAGAAGAGUUUUCUUUUGGCACAGCUGCUGAGUUUAAGCCUGACAUGGCAGUGAAGAAGAUUCUGGAGGUGGAUGAUCUGUCGAAACUAGCUCACUCCAAUCUGUGUGUUGAUCCUGAAGUCAAAAUGGACCAAUGGGUUGAGAGACUGAAGUCAGGGUUCGAUGAAAUGGAGAACAGGCAGCGGAAUCAUGAAAGAAAAGCUAGACAAAAGACCUUGACAGCAAAUGAAGAUGAAGAGGACUUUUUAUCACUUCAACGGAAUUACAAAAUUCCAAAAGUCUCAGCAGAAGAAAGAGAAUGCAGACAGAUGUUGAAGGAUAGUGGAUUUGAUACAAAAGGGAUGACAAAAGAGGAAAUGUUUGAAAUUGUGCAAGCAAUAAGACUCUCUAAGGAAGACGCACCAGGGAGAGGCACAAAAAACCCAUAUGAUAUGGACACACAGAUAGAUCACAAUUCUCAGGCAGAGUCAGGUUAUCCAGAAAACAACCAAUCAGGACACACAUCACAGGAAUUUGGCCAAUCAGGAGAAAGAGAGGAGACUGUUGCAGCAGCAUUAAGCCAAUCAGAUGCAGAGAGUAUUGCUGUGGAAAAUGAGGAAGAAGAUGAAGAGGAUCUUUUCAAAGAACAGAGGGGAAGACGGAGGUCAGCAGGAAGAAUAAGUUUUAGACUGUCACCUCCAGAUGUGGAAGAGGAAUUGCUGGAAGAUAUUCAUGCUAAGACUGAUAAAAAAGAGAGCACUAUAAAGGAGGAGAGAUCUAGGAAAUUGUCAGAGGCAUUCAAAGAUUCUGAUAGCAUAUUUGGCAAGGUAGUGAAGACAUGCAAAAAAGCAGCUGCAUUUUUGUCACCUGGGAGAAAGACAACUGAAAGUCCUGUCAUCAUUCCAGAUUCCCCAGAACAUGAAGUUCAAAAUAACCCUAAACAAGAAUCAAAAGUGAAGAAGGCAUCUCAUAAACGAAACAUUAUUGAGAGCAGCGAUGAUGAAGACCCGGACUUUCUCCCAGAAAAACCAAAGAAUACCCCUACCUUCAAAAGAAUGAAACUGAUGACCAGCACCAAAACCAGGGAAGAUAAGAUGGACACUGAAUGCCCAAAGGAUGAAGGUCCAAGGUCAUUGUCUCGGGCCGAGAUUGAGCUGCAGUAUUUCAGAGAGGACCUCGAAGAUAAAAAGAAAUGCCAGUCAUUUGAUGCAGAUAACAGAAAAGCCAAAAGUUGGAAUGGCAGACGUAAAACCCAGACCCGUCUAUUUGCACCAGACAUUGCACAGGUAGAAGGCUACACCAAAGUGAUCCUGCAAGCCUUUGAGAUUUACUACAGAAAGCUCUAUCUACUGCAGUCCAAGUCUAGGAGGUUUGUGAAGACGGGAGAACCAGUCAAGCCAGGGCGGCACAUGGACAAUACGAUCGACGUGAAGCGACGAGGAGACAGAGAUAAGGCCGUAGCCAGUUCUGUCGAUGAUGAAGAUCUUCAUGCGGAGGAUGAUAGACACAGUCAGCAUUCUUCCGUCCAUGAAAAUAAUGUGGAUUUCAUGGAUGAUGGAGCCAGAGAGAUGAAACCAGAACCAGAAAAGAAAGUAACAGUACAAAGACCUCUUAGACUGACGAAAUCAAGGAGAAAGGUUAAUAAUAAAGUGCAGGAAGCUGAGAGGGAAACGUUGAUUAAUAAUGAAAAGGAGGAUGAUGACGAUGAGAUGGUGGAGGUGUCAGAUAAAAGUAGCCAGGUGGAAGAUGUGGAUGUGGAGUUGGCGGAAUACUUUGUGGGGCAAGAUAAAGAAAAUCAUCCAGCGGUUGAGCAUAGGGAAACACCUGAAGAACAAUUCAUUCUAAACAGAUAUUCUCCUGAUAUAUUAAUGGAUGAAGACACUUUCCUGAAACUUGAGAAGAAACCUGCCCCUAAACACCAUGGAAAAAAAGAAAAACAGUUAGAGUUCAACAUGAAAGCACUUAGAAAUAAGGCCAAUAAAAAAGACAUCAUUGAAACUGAUCUGUUUGAAAGAAACCCAAUUAAAAUACCUUCUUCAAAGACCAAAUUCAGAAGACAUCCCAGUAACAUCAGCACUGCCAGUUCAGAUUCAACAUCAAGAAUGGAGGAGGACUUUAUCCAAGAAUUAGCUAAAAAAGACAAAGUGUUGAAGAUGAUGAGGUCAAAACCUGCAGGAAAUGAGGAUAUAUUGUUCAAUCCGCAUGGAGAUGUGUAUGCUACACAAAUGUGUGCAAUGGAAGAAAAGCAUUCUAAAGAAUUUGAGGGCAAUGAAGAAAUUCCAAAUACGCAAAUGACCGAGAAUUAUUUUGAUAUGGAAGUGGAAGAGGGUAAAACUAAAGAAGAAAAGAAAUCAGUUGAUGGUUCAAAGUGUAUUGAAGAGUUGGAAAAUUCUAUUGAUUUUGCUUCUGGUAAGAUCAAUUCUGUUGAUGAGGUCGUAAUAGACGACUCUGAUAAGGAAGUAAACUUCAAUACAAAGUGCAAAUUGAAAGAAAACAGUCCAAACCAACAAACAACAAGCAUAAGUAACCAAGAAGGAGAGGUCAAACUCAACAUUAAGAGAAGAUAUGGUCUGGGCAAAGCAAGGAAAAUCCAGAAUAUAGUUCCAAAGGACGGUGCCAUAGAUUUCAUGUCCACUGAUUUCGAGGACCAAAAAGACGUCAAAACCGAGUUGGAUGAUGAUUGGCUUUCAGCCAGGAAUUGGAAAAAGGAAAAGCAGACUGUAAAGACAUACUCCAAAAGAAAGAAAGCAGCUGCAGAUAAUACCAGCCCACCUACAGCACAGGUGUCUGAAAAGGUACCUUGCCCGAUGUGUUACCAAACGUUUGAUGCUGAACAUAUAGAAACGCAUGCAGCAGAGUGCCAGGGAGAAAUUGAGGAUGCUGAUGGAGGAAAUGAGACUCCAGAGGAGGAAAAUAUCCAAGAACCUUCAUCACCAUCACCUGUGAAGCCUGUGAAAAGGUCUGUAAAGCUUUGUAUAUUAUGUGAGAAGCCGUUGCCUCGUGGAUAUGAACAGUUUGCCCACCCUCAUUGUUUGGAGGAAGCCACCCAGGCCCAGCACAUGGCUGAUAAAGGUUUACAGAAUACACAGGAAGAAUUCGAGCCUCCGCGCAAAACUAGGUUAAGGGGGAGGUCUCAAAAUUCAAAAUCUGCCACCAGCCAGAACCCUGAAAGAACGGAAAUAUGUCAAAUGGCUGCGGGCUUUGUGACCAAAGGUGAAAAAUACAAACACCAGUCGUCCGAAAGUUUUACCGCCUACCUCCUUUAUCACUACGAGUGGGAAUCUACUGGAGGGGAACCACGAGACUGAUAUUUCACUUUUAAAGUCAAGAGUCAGAAAGUGCAAUUUUGAUGAAGAUUCUCAAAAACCAUGCUUUUCUAGUGACAUUCCAUCAUCCCCUGAGAGCAUUUCUGAACGCGACCUGUGUUCAUCGAAAUACCUUGAUCGGGA